AUGAGUAUUUGUGUAACAAAUGAUAUUGAAGAACCUGAUGAACGUCGAAAAAGAAAAGUUUGUACGCCUCUAGGUGGCGGUGAUGUUGUCCCAAGCACAUUUUCUGUUAAAGAUAAUUAUCGUGUCAAUUCAUUUUAUGCUGUAUUAGAUGUAAUUAUUGUAUCCAUUAAAGAAAGAUUUAAUGAAGAUAAUUUAAGUAUCAUCGUGUUAUGCGAAAAGUUAUUUUUAACAAAUGUGUUGUUAAAUGAUGAUGAAGUAAAACAAAUUUCUCAGUUCUAUAAUAUGAAUUAUGAUGAAUUAAAAAGUGAACAACGUAUGUACAAGGUAGCACUUGGGAAAAAAAAACAAUUGACAUUAAUAUUAGCAACAAAUUUUUUUAUGGAAAAUCAUUUUCAUCAAUCACUUAAUAUAAUGAAUGAUUUACUGAAAAUAUUAUGGACAAUUCCAGUUAAUACAUGUGAAUGUGAAAGAAGUUUUUCUUCCUUAAGACGACUUAAAACAUACAUUCGCAGUUCAACAGGCCAGGAAAGAUUAUCAAGAUUAUCGUUAAUAAGUAUUGAACGUACUUUUGACAUUGAUAUAGAUACUAUUGUUACUGAAUUCGUAUCGAAAAACCAAGAAAGAAAAAAAAUAUUUUGA